GAGGAGAAGAAGUAGCAGGAGGAGGAGGAGAAGCAGGAGGAGGAGGAGGAGGAGGGACGCGCCGGGAAGGCAGUAACUUUAAAGCCAGCUCCGAGCCCAGAUCUCCGAGCCGAUCGGUUUGCAGCGCGGCGGCGGCGGCGGCGUUGUGUGUCUGGCCCGCCGGUCCGGUCGGGGUGUGCAGUCGGACGGACGAGCAGCGCCUCGCUGUCCCCCUCCGGCGGCUGGAGAUGUCCGAGCCUAAGGCAAUUGAUCCCAAGUUGUCGACGACCGACCGGGUGGUGAAAGCUGUUCCGUUUCCUCCAAGUCACCGGCUUACAGCAAAGGAAGUGUUUGAUAAUGAUGGAAAGCCUCGUGUGGAUAUCUUAAAAGCACAUCUCAUGAAGGAGGGAAGGCUGGAAGAAAGUGUUGCAUUGAGAAUAAUAACAGAGGGUGCUUCAAUUCUUCGACAGGAAAAAAACUUGCUGGAUAUCGAUGCACCAGUCACAGUUUGUGGGGACAUCCAUGGACAGUUCUUUGACUUGAUGAAGCUCUUCGAAGUGGGGGGAUCGCCUGCCAACACUCGCUACCUCUUCUUAGGGGACUAUGUUGACAGAGGGUACUUCAGUAUCGAAUGUGUGCUGUAUUUGUGGGCCUUGAAAAUUCUUUACCCCAAAACACUGUUUUUACUUCGUGGAAAUCAUGAAUGUAGACAUCUAACAGAGUAUUUCACAUUUAAACAAGAAUGUAAAAUAAAGUAUUCAGAACGCGUGUAUGACGCUUGUAUGGAUGCCUUCGAUUGCCUUCCCUUGGCUGCCCUGAUGAACCAACAGUUCCUGUGUGUGCACGGUGGCUUGUCACCAGAGAUCAACACUUUAGAUGACAUCAGGAAAUUAGACCGAUUCAAAGAACCACCUGCUUAUGGACCCAUGUGUGACAUCCUGUGGUCAGACCCCCUGGAGGAUUUCGGGAAUGAGAAGACUCAGGAACAUUUCACUCACAACACAGUCAGGGGGUGUUCAUACUUCUACAGUUACCCCGCUGUAUGUGAAUUCUUGCAGCACAAUAACUUGUUAUCUAUACUUCGAGCCCAUGAAGCCCAAGAUGCAGGGUAUCGCAUGUACAGGAAAAGCCAAACAACAGGCUUCCCUUCUCUAAUUACCAUUUUUUCAGCACCAAAUUACUUAGAUGUAUACAAUAACAAAGUGACUGAGAUGCUGGUCAACGUCCUUAACAUCUGUUCAGAUGAUGAACUAGGGUCAGAAGAAGAUGGAUUUGAUGGAGCAACAGCUGCCGCCCGGAAGGAGGUCAUAAGGAACAAGAUCCGUGCAAUUGGCAAAAUGGCCCGAGUGUUCUCGGUUCUCAGAGAAGAGAGUGAGAGUGUCCUGACUCUGAAGGGCUUGACCCCCACUGGCAUGCUCCCCAGCGGAGUACUUUCUGGAGGGAAGCAAACCCUGCAAAGCGCGAUCAAAGGAUUUUCACCACAACAUAAGAUCACUAGCUUCGAGGAAGCCAAGGGCUUAGACCGAAUUAACGAGAGGAUGCCACCUCGCAGAGACGCCCUGCCCUCUGAUGCCAACCUUAACUCCAUCAACAAGGCUCUCGCCUCAGAAACUAACGGCACGGACAGCAAUGGCAGUAAUAGCAGCAAUAUCCAGUGACCACUUCCUGUUCACUUUCUUCUUUUGUUUCCUUUUUUUGUUUUUUCUUUGAGCUGCAGGGCGUGAGUGGUAUGGCUGCUGCCUAUCAGCAUUCGGAUGUUCUUGCCUCUGAUGGUAGCUUAUUUGCUCUGGGGGCUAGGAAUUGGAUUCAGUUUACACUAUCAUUUAAAAAAACAAAGAGGGAGAGAGAUAAUAAACUAUAUUUUGGUGAGGGUGGUGAUUACACACCUCUUUUGGGUAUGCCUUUUAAAAAAUGCUUAUAGGGGGAAAAAAUUUUUAAAAAGAAAGCUAACGCUAGUAUAGACUGCAAUGUUAGGGGAAUGACCGAGUUUUCCUACUGCAUUGAGGACUCCUAGAUAGGUGAAUGAAAAGCCUUUUAUUCUGUUACUGGACAUGAAAACUUUGUCUAAUUUCUUACUAUUGUACGUUUACAGUCGCAGCACUAAAAAUGGAUGAUAUCAACAUUUUUAACAAAAAUGAUGUACAAACUAAAUAAGGACUAUUUAUUGAUAAUGUUUUGCUACUCUUGUCAGACAAUGGCUAUAAACUGAAUUAGGCAGUCUUAAAAAAAACAGAAAAAGAAAAAAAAAGAGAAUGUUGCAGAUUUGUUAAAAUGCCAAAAAAAAAAAAAAAGGACAGUUUCAUUUUAAUUUUGUGCAGGUUCUGCUGAGCUCAGGUUUCUUUAGUAUGCUUGAAUGCCCUUUUCCUACAUUACACUUAUUAAUUUGGCAGUGAAUCUCUUUACUUUUCUUUUAAGUUUGAAAAAAAAACUGGAAUAAUUACACCUAUCUUUUUUGCUGUUUAUAUUUAGGGGUUUUUGUUGAUAAAAUCAAGUCUUGGUUGUGGCUUGCUGAAUUAAAUAUUUAUGAGUGGUGCAUUUUUAAGUAUAGUGAACAAGACACCAUGUUAAGUACAGUGAUAAAGCAUCUAUAUUCUGUAAAAAACAAAAAACAAAAAACAAAAUCUGCCUAUGCAUGUUUUUUAAGAAAAAAAAAUGGCUGUAUUGGCCUGUAUGGGACUGUAAUGCGCUUAGUGGUCUGACAUAUACUGGAAAUGUAUGUAUACUGGCGUUCUUUAUAUUCUCUAAAAUGCUUAAUGCCUUUGAAAUUUUGUAAUCAAAACAGCUUUGAAAAAAAUCUAAAGGGGAAAGUAUUCUUAAAAGUUUUUAACAUAAGCUUGUCAGUGCACAUAUAGAUGGUUAGCAUGUUUAGCAAACCUUGUGAAAUUUAAAUAAGUUUGUAGUUACAUGUGAAACUCUAAAUGCAUGGUAACUGUUUAACGUCAUAAUGGUUUAGUUACUUCGUUCUGUUCUGUCAUGUGCCACAAAAUAUGUACUUUUUUCACUCUUUUCCCUUUGUAUAUCAGUUACGGGUUACAACUGGUUCAUUCUGAAAACAACAACGACGACAAAAAAAAAGUCCAUUCAUAUUUUUUAACAAUUGUAUAAGUGCCCAAGUAAUUCACUACAGCCUAAAGCCUUGCCUUUGUAAUUUGACUUCUGAAAUGUUGGCGAUCAAAGCAUGCACUUGUAACAAUGACAAAGAAAAAGCAUUUUAUAUUACUACUCAAUAAAAUGUGCAUGAACUUAAAAGAACUCUCACCCUUUCACUGAGUCUGCUGAAGGGAUUUCUGCGUACAACUACCAUGGCGGCCUCUAGUUGCUGGCCCACCACCGCUUGGCACAGUUAUUUUCCCAGGCUCCUUUGUAAGGGCCUCGUGAUCUGAGGCAUGGUGCCGACUUCUGCUGUAAAAAUCCUGGUGGGUUUGUGUCUCAUAUCAGAUGACAGCAGUCUAGAGCAAUUGCCAUCUUCUGGCUCUCUCAAGUAGGAGAACCAGUUAAGAAACCUGAGCAUUCCUUUUUAUUGAACUUAAAAAAUAAUGAUCAAUUUGUUAUCAGGUUGUUUCAGUUGUAUUGGAUGCCCUAUAUUGCUAAAACAAAAAAACAAACAAAAAAAAACGAACUAGGCUACAAAACAUUUCCAUCACAGGAGAGAGUUGUGCACUGUAUUGAUAAUGAAGUUUGUAUUUCUGUGCUUCACUAAUAUCUAAUCACCCGGAGAUUUAACAUCCACCCAAUUUCAGUUUAUCUCUUAACAUUGUUCAUUUUAGUGCACUUUGUUUGUAUAAUAAAGUAUGCCUGUUAUAAAGUAAUAAGAAUAUGGCAAUUAGUGAUAGAGUGUACCAAAACAAAGAUGUUCUAGAUAUAUUCUCUGACAAAGACUAUCCCAUGUUUAUGCUAAUGAAUCUAAGCAUUUUUUCCUGUGGAUAUUUUUCCAUCGUAACAUUAAAAAAAAAAAAAAGAUAUCCAAGGAAGAUAUUUAGAUGCAACUUACUAGAAUGAUGUGAAAGAAAAGGUAAUUCUGAUACCAAGGUGUUUAUUUUAUUUCUUAUAAUGCAGAGAAAAUAUCCUGAAAAAAAAAUCACUUUUUGGAUUCCUUCCUUUUACAAAUUGUGCUAAGGCAACUAUGGCAUAGAAAUAAACAUUUGACAAUGAAAUAAG